UAUUUUACUGCGGAAAAUAUUAUUUUUAACAAUGUAUAGUAUUUCGUAGAAAACAUUAUAUAUUUUAAAUGUUUAAAUUAGUAAGCAAAUGAACUUAGCGAUAAUGCAGAUUUUUUUUCUUUGCUAAUCUUUGGAUAAGUAUACCGAUGCUGCAAUAAACUUGACCAGUGAAAAAACUUGUAGUGAUAAGACCAUUCCGCAACUUGCUAAAUGUGAACCGUUGUAAUAUCUGUUUGUACCUAUACGGUUGUACCAAUCACUGCAUUGCCUCUCUUGGAGGGGACCAUUCCAUUUAUGCUUUGGUAGGUAAAUCCCAUUUUUUGUGUAAAAAAGUUAUUUAUUCUUAGUCUGGAAAUUUAGGCAGAGACAAUGCUGAUGAAGACAGAAAUCUUUCCAAAUACAAAGCUCAAAGAAAAAAAAAGUUGUUGGAAAUAAACAAAUCUUACAUCACAAAAAUAAAAGUGGAUUUAAAUAAUAUAUAAAAAUUUAGGUCAAUCUAUUUAUAACUAAUUGAUUUUAAAUUAGACGUCUAUAGAAUUUAAUAUUAUAGCCAAGAGCUUAAUGUUAUAGCCACAUAGCUUCAAAUAUUAUUUCAAAUAUUACCACGACCAAUUCGAAUAGACUUUUGAUGAGUCUCCUUGAAUGUCUUUAUUGUAUUUCAACAAUAUUAGUACUAUAUUUACAAAUGCAGCUUAUGGAUGAUAUUUAAUUAAAUGUUCUUACUAGACAAGCAUGAAUGUUUUCUUACCAAUAAAAUUUCUCAAAGAAUAUGGAGUGCAUUAUAAACUAAAAUGAUGGUGUGUGUCGACUGGUUUACACAUCUUUUAACACUCUUUAGUCUUUCCACGAUAUCGAUAACCCUCCAGGCCACCACUACCUUUUACUCUCUUAACAUGCGUUAAUUUUUUGAAUAAACAAGCAAAGUAAGUCAAAUGUAAUAGAUGACGUUGGGACAUCCACUAACUAAAAAUAAUUUAGAUAGCUAAAAUCAUAUUGUAUCUACGUAUAUUGCUAAAAUCAUAUUGUAUCUACGUAUAUUGAGCUAAAUGAAGAUCCUUUUAGGCUUUCAAGAUCAAAGGAAGUGGAAAACAAUCCUCCUGCUCGAGUCCUAUGUUUAAGGAUCUUGUCUUUUCACGAAGUGGAACCUUAAAGUCAUUUGCAGCUUCAGGCACUCAUAAAUAUAUAUGGACAGAAAAAUUGUUUUAAAGAAUCAUUUUAAGAGUUUUUUUUUUGAAACACUUAAGAGGUUAAAAUAGUUAUGAUAUUAAAAUAUCUAAUCAGCCCAUGUCUGAUUUUUAAUUAUAAUUCUAAUCUUGAUAAUAAUAAAUUUGUGUCAGAUUUAGUUUACUAACUCAUACUAUUAUUAAGUUAGUAUAUAAUCCCAAAACGGUAUUUCAGUCCGUUGAACCUUGAGUUAUAUUAUAAUCAAAGUUUCAACCUACAACACACACAUCAACCUGAUUUCUUGCUCAAGAAAAGCAAUAACUUAAUAUUUUAAAAGUGUCCCAAAUCCUCUUAAAUGAUAAUUACUCGAAAGGAAUAUUAAGAAACUGUAACAUUGUUUUUCUUAAAAGUCAAAAGAUUAUGGUUACUAGGCAAAAUGAUGAGAGAAGAAUUAUGAUCUCCUUCACCCUCUUCUUCCUAUAAUAACAUAUCCUUUUCUUUAAAUCAUUCUCCCUAGAUUCAUAUGGAUUUCACAUUAACUACUUGACGAAUUCAUGUCUCUACAAAUCAUCAAGAUAGUAUUACUUUUGGUUCCAUGGACGAUGGCGCAUUUUUAACAGAUCAUUUAUGUUUUACGAAGAUGUUUUUUUGGGCUUUGCUGAACAUUUACGGGUUUUAUUAAAAUCCACAAGGGAGGAGCGUCGGAUCAGGCCGUAGCUAGUUGACUGUAUGCGCCGAAUCAGGUUAUGGCCCAAAUGGGUUCUAAUUGAAUUAACGGGUCGGUCCCUAUACUGAUCCGUCUUUUUCAAAGGUCAAUUUGCACUAAAAAAGGGUCUGACUAGUUGUCUCCUAUUUUUCUUUGUUGGCUCUUUUUAGAGUAAUCACUAUAUAUAGGGUUAAUUUUGCUUUGACUUUACUCAAACAUCUCAUGAUUUGUUUUGGGCUUACCAACUCAAACAGAAUAUUUAUUAAACCAUUUUGAAUUCUCAUCAAAUAUUGUUUUGAAUGGUUUAGUUUCUAGAUAUGAUUUUGGUGUUAGGUUUUUUUGUUUGCUUUAGAUUCUCUUUUUUUUUCAAAACCUAAAUAGUAACAGCUUUGUUUUUUUUGUUAAUAAAUUAGUCAAAAAUUAUAAGAAAAAGUUAAGAUAUAUCUUAAAAAUAGCACAUAAAUAAAGGCUUCCUUCUAAAUCUACCACACCAAGCUUAAUUAAAAUCCCCGAGAAAAAUUCUCAGCUCCUAGAUAUAGUAUUUUCCUUAUAAUUUGAUUGAAUGAUUAAACAUUUCUUUGUACAAAAUUCUAAUAACUACAGCCAUUAAAGGCCAUAGUUUAAGACACACACACAUAUUAUAUGCAUUUAUAUUCUAAAAGGCCUAGUGGUUAGAUUUUGUUCUUUUCGCAUGAUCUUACCGGUCCAACUCAAAGCAUACAUAUGUUAUGUCUUAACACGAUCAAUAUAGAAGAUAAGCAAUACUCCAGAUUUGUAUGUGUAUAAUUCAUAAUAUAUGUACGGAAUUUUUUUAAAAAAACUAUUUUGUAUAAAGUCAAACGUUUUCUCUCCCUUGAUCAAUGAAAAUUCACGAGGAGAGCACAUAUUUCGCGUCGUCAGAAAAUUUAUUUAACAUAAUGCUAUUCAUAUAUGUAGUACUAAAACAAAGUUGAUGUUAUUAGGGUUUGACUUUUAUACUUUUCUGUCUAUUUAUUUAAGAACUCCAAGUAGCACUUCUUUAAAUAUUUUCAAAUGAUUCGAAAAAUAUCUAUAUCUCCUAAUUUCCCUAUAUUAUAUUCUGCAACUAAAUAGCUGUAUCUGGAGCAGGGAAAAAGGAUAAUACAUGUUACAAAAGGACAAUAUAAGCCAGGACAUGUUUUUUUUUUUUUUAGGACAUGUUAUCUUUCAGUGGAAUUGUAUGCACAAAAAUGGAAUAUCCUAAUCCAAGUCGUCGAAUUGAACUGUCUUACAAGCUACACAAUUGUUUAUCAAUUAACAAGAAACAUUGAAACUGUAAAUUAAGAAGAAAAAGAGAAGAAAAUUUCAGACAACAAAAAAUAUUUGAAUGAGUUCUUUUCAAGACAGAGAAACAUAUAAGCUGAUGUGCCGUGUUCUGAAAUGGAUACGAUCUCUAACCAACAAAAUAACCAAAAACAGGUUAUACAUGAAAUAAAUAUACAUUAGCUAUUGGCUGUUCCUCAUUCGAUCGUGAGCUGAGAAAACGACAAGCUUGAUUAAACCUGGAUUUGAGGUACGUGAAUAUAUAAAUAACAAAUUUCUCGGGAUUGAGAAUAAGUUAUUAGAGAUUCUCUAUAUGAUUUAACCUAAAAUAUUUCAGUGGAAAACAAUAGCUAAGAUGAAAUAGCUUUUUUCUUAUUUACAUGAAAGAUUAGAUCCGCUUAUACCGAAAGGUAAAUAAUAAUAAUAUGUUAUCGCUUAAGGGCUAAUAAUAUGUUAUCGUUGUGUAAAGUCACACAACAGUUUAUUCUCAAUCUGAGCCUCAGGUUUCCACUGAAUAGAUAACUAUUCUUAUAGGAUGCCUUUCGAAUUCUAUUAUAUAAAUAUGUUAUUUCAAUAAAAUAAAUAAAAUUACACCAUCAUUACAUACUGUUACUAAACACUAAUCAAAAGUAUUAGCAUCUUUUUAAUGAGACUCCAUAACAUUUUUGGUUUCUACAUAACUAAUAUAGCAACUUGAAUUUCGUUUUUAGUCUAGUUUUUAAUUUACUAUUGCACUGUUUGUUUUUUCUUCAGUUUGGGAUGAUACUUUAUAAUACAAUAAUCCGAAAAGUAGAAGACCUUGAUAAGUUUAAUACCAUAUUGUUUUAAUUAACUUGUCAGCUAUCAUAUACAUACGCCAUUUGGCCAUUAGUAAAUUAAGAAAAAAAACAACAACACAUGAACAGCUUCGAGGAUUUUUAUAACCACAAAAAAUUUAAAGUCAAACAAAAUAAAUAGUAUCCCUUUCUAAAAAACCGUAUCAUUUGAUCAUCUUCUUUAUCUACCUUUCGUUCUUUAUGACCACUAUCUAAUGUUAAAUGUGGCUUACACUUGGCGCAAUAAAAGAACGAAUAAAGAAAAAGAGCAAAAUACAAAAGAUGAUUAUAAAAAUAAAAUUUAAAAUCGAAGAUAUAUGAAAAAGGUGCAACACCACCACUACGAGCCACUUACUAACCAAGCCGCCCCAAAAGGUAAACGCCUCUCAUCUUUUAUACAAAAAUAAAAUAAUCAUCAUACUAUUCCUCACCAUCUUUUUUUUUCUUUUCUUAUUCACUUUUGUUAAUCUUAUUUUAUUUCACAUCAUAAUGUUUGUGCUCAUCAUGAUUAUAAUAUCAUCAAAUUCAAUUUUCAUGAUCAACAUCAUAGCACGCACGCACGCACCUCCAUCUUCAAAAACAUGAAAUGACCCAACUUCCUUCUUGUUUUUUCUUUCAUGAUCAAUAGUUAAAACGCAUUCAGCAGAAAAAAAAAGAAGAAUUAUAUCAAACCAUAAACAAAUGACAACUGACAACAUAACCAGAUAAAUCAUAUAACUAUAUUGAUUUUCACAAAAAUAAAUAUAUAUUAGCGUUGACUUUAACAAUUACAUAGGUAUUCAUAGGGUUGUACUUAAGGUUUCAUUAGAGGAAUAACAAAAAAAAACUAUUAUUACAGGAGGAAUAUUAAAAAGAUAGUAUAACAAAAAAACAAUACACACAGGCCACAACCACACUCAGGAUAACAUGAUAAAAUAAAAUAAAGGCAAUAAAAAGUAACUUUGGGUGUGACAAGAAGUUUUCUUCUGUUUGGUCUGACUAUUCCCUUUGGUCAACGAUGGUAUUGAGAGCCAUUUACAAGUUUCAGACACACAAACCCAGAUUGGAUAAUGAUGUCUUUUGCUUCUUUUCCCUCUCUUUCGUCUCCUCCUCCUCCUUCUCCUUCAAGCUUACUCAAAUCUUUCUAAGUUUUGUUCUCUUGUUCUCGCCAUGAUUGACGAGAAGAAGAUGAGAUCUACCAAAUCCAUUUGUCUCCUUGUGAGACCAGUACCUAUGUUCCUCUUCCUCCUUAUUUACGUUCUUUCCAUCUCUGUCUUCUUCCUUACAGUUUCAGAAGCUGUCUGUAAUCUCCAAGAUCGAGAUUCUCUCCUUUUCUUCUCCAGCAACGUAUCAUCUCCAGCUUCUCCUUUGCAUUGGAGCUCGUCUACUGAUUGUUGCUCCUGGGAAGGAAUCUCUUGCGAUGAUUCUCCACAAAAUCGAGUCACUUCGAUUCUUUUGCCCUCUAGAGGACUCUCAGGCAAUCUCCCCUCCUCUGUUUUGGAUCUCCCUCGUCUCACUCGUCUCGACCUUUCUCAUAACCGUCUCUCUGGUCCUCUCCCACAAGGCUUCUUCUCCGUUCUUGAUCACCUCACGUUUCUUGAUCUUAGUUACAACAGUUUCAACGGCGAACUGCCACUUGAAGCCAACGGAACCAGCAGAAACUUCCCAAUCCAGACAGUUGAUCUCUCCAGUAAUUUUCUCCAAGGCCAAAUCUUAAGCGGCUCUGUUUUCCUUCAAGGCGCUUUCAAUCUCACCAGCUUCAACGUCAGCAACAACAGCUUCACCGGUCCACUCCCUUCCUUCAUGUGCACCACUUCACCGCAGCUCACCAAACUGGACUUCUCUUAUAACAAAUUCUCAGGCGAUAUCUCUGGAGGGUUAGGCAGAUGUUUGAAGCUAAAUUCUCUUCGAGCAGGCUUCAACAAUCUAUCUGGUGAAAUCCCAAAAGAAGUCUACAAUCUCUCUGAGCUCGAGGAGUUCUCUUUACCAGUCAACCAUCUUUCAGGGAGGAUCGAUGAUGGGAUCACUCGUCUCACUAAACUGACACUGCUUGAGCUUUACUUCAAUCAACUCCAAGGAGAUAUACCAAAGGAUAUAGGUAGACUAAUCAAUCUGCGCAGCCUCCGGCUCCAUAUCAAUAACCUCACAGGUUUUGUCCCGGUCUCUCUCUCCAACUGCACCAAACUCGAGAAGCUGAAUCUAAGGGUUAAUCGGCUGGGAGGAACCUUAUCGGUAGACUUUUCUCGUUUUCAGAGCCUCAGCAUUCUGGACCUCGGAAACAAUAGCUUCACCGGUGACUUCCCCUCGACGGUUUACUCCUGCAGAAACAUGACAGCGAUGAGGUUUGCAGGCAACAAGUUAACGGGACAGAUAUCUCCACAAGUACUGGAACUGAAGUCUCUGACGUUCUUUACGUUCUCAGACAAUAACAUGACGAACAUUACAGGAGCUCUCAGUAUUCUGCAAGGCUGCAAGAAUCUGUCUACUCUCAUCAUUGCAAAGAACUUUUACGACGAAACAAUACCAAGCAACGAGGAUUUUCUAGCAUCAGGUGCAUUUCCAAAGCUCCAAAUCUUCGGUACCGGUGGAUCUAGAUUGAAAGGUGAAAUACCAGCUUGGCUGAUCAAGCUCAAGAGCGUAGAACUUAUGGACCUGUCACAAAAUCGAUUCGUGGGGUCGAUUCCUGGUUGGCUAGGAACUCUUCCAAACCUGUUUUACUUGGAUCUUUCUGAUAACCUUCUUACAGGAGAGCUUCCAAAGGAACUGUUUCAGCUGAGAGCACUCAUGUCCCAAAAGGUAUAUGAUGCAACAGAGAGGACCUAUCUAGAGCUACCUGUUUUUGUAAAGCCCAAUAAUAUCACCAGCAAUCAACAAUACAAUCAGCUUGCCAGCCUUCCACCUGCGAUAUAUAUCCGAAGGAAUAACCUGACCGGGAGCAUACCAGUUGAGAUCGGACAGCUAAAGGUUCUCAUGCACCUCGAGCUUUUAGGUAAUAAGUUUUCAGGUAGCAUCCCAGAUGAAUUGUCAAACCUCACAAGCUUAGAGAGGCUGGACCUGUCCAACAAUAAUCUAUCUGGCAGAAUCCCUUGGUCGCUCACGGGACUCCAUUUCAUGUCCUAUUUCAACGUUGCAAACAACACUCUCAGCGGGCAGAUACCUACAGGGUCUCAGUUCGACACUUUCCCAAAAUCGUAUUUUGAAGGAAACCCAUUGCUGUGUGGCCGUGUACUGCAACUCUCCUGCACGGUUGCACCCAAGCCUUAUACAAACGAAAAGGCGAGCACAACGGUUGUUUUGGGGAUUGUCAUUGGGAUCUUUUUCGGCGUCAGUUUGAUUUUGGUGAUGCUUGCUUUGUGGGUGAUGUCAAAGAGGAGAGUAAACCCAGGAGACUCUGAGAACGCAGAACUGGAGAUAAACUCCAACGCCUCGUAUUCCGAAGUCCCUCCGGGUUCGGAGAAAGAUAUAAGCCUUGUGCUGCUGUUCGGGAACAGUAGAUACGAAGUUAAAGACCUGACCAUAUUUGAGCUCCUGAAAGCUACCAACAACUUCAGCCAAGCUAAUAUCAUCGGAUGCGGCGGGUUUGGUCUUGUCUACAAGGCUGUCUUGGACAAUGGGACGAAACUGGCGGUUAAGAAACUCACCGGAGACUAUGGUUUGAUGGAGAAAGAGUUCAAGGCGGAGGUGGAAGUUCUGUCAAGAGCCAAACAUGAGAACCUGGUCGCUCUACAAGGCUACUGCGUCCAUGACAGUGCUCGGAUACUUAUCUACUCGUUCAUGGAAAACGGAAGCCUUGACUAUUGGCUGCACGAGAAUCCAGAAGGUCCAGCUCAACUGGAUUGGGCUAAAAGACUUCAUAUCAUGAGAGGAGCAAGCUGCGGACUAGCGUACAUGCACCAGAUAUGCGAACCGCACAUAGUACACCGAGACAUCAAGUCCAGCAACAUCCUUUUGGACGGAAGUUUCAAGGCCUACCUCGCGGACUUCGGCUUGUCGAGACUGAUCCUUCCGUACCGCACCCACGUUACAACAGAGCUUGUGGGCACACUGGGCUACAUCCCCCCGGAGUACGGACAAGCGUGGGUAGCCACUCUGAGAGGUGACGUGUACAGUUUUGGCGUCGUGAUGCUCGAGCUACUCACGGGGAAAAGACCAAUGGAGGUGUUCAGACCGAAGAUGUCGAGAGAAAUAGUCGCGUGGGUGAAUCAGAUGAGAAGGGAAGAGAAACCAGAGGAGGUGUUUGAUCCGUUGCUGAGAGAGAGUGGUCACGAAAGAGAGAUGCUUCGUGUGCUUGACAUAGCCUGCAUGUGUGUGAACCAAAACCCAAUGAAAAGACCAGUUAUACAACAAGUUGUGGACUGGCUUAAUGAUGUAGACGCGGGAAACAGAAACCAAAGUAACAGAGAAGAAGCUGAAGAAGAAGAAGAGACAAAGUAACAUCUUGUGUGUGCCUUUUUUUAUACUUUCAUCACACAUUCUGCAUUAAGUAAAUAUACACUUCAUUUUUUUUUUGUGGGUCUUGUCAAGUGCAAAUGGUAACCAUCAUUUUCUUGUAAAUUAAAAAGUUUUGAUGGUGUAAAGUAUGAAGCUUUGUGGCUUUUCCAGAACUA